CCUAGCAUUGAGGCGCUUAGCGUAGAACAAGCAUUCAUCCACCUCAAACCAGCGCAGACGAUGAAGCUCUCAUUCGUAGUGGGCGUGGUGACGGUGCUGGCGGCUGUGGCACUCUUCGCUACCCCGUGCCAGGGCCAGGUAUGGGAGGCGCUGGUUCCUCUCAUCACGCAGCAGGUCGUGGGAUUGUGGAAAAAUGGCGAAAGAGAGUUUUUUGGCCACCAGUGCACUUACUCUGUCACACCCACGGUGAAGAGUUUUGAGCUGUACUUCAAGGGAAGGAUGUCCUGCCCGUCCCUUAGUAGUGUGAGAGGAGAAGCUUUGACCCGCAGUCGCUCAGGAGUGGAGGUGAAAACGGUAGAAGAUUACGUAAAGAAAGUAUUAGCACAGGGCGUGAUAACGGAGGAGGAGGCGAAGGCGUGGAUCACCAAGUAAAUGAUCUGGAAGUCGAUUCAUCCGGAUUUUUUUUUUAUUAAAGUCUGUUCUACGAUGAUGGUUGUUCAGCUUGAUUUAAAUAAUGUCGGUUGGUUCAAUGUUCGGUGAAUAGUUUUUUUUUGUUAUUCUUUUUUAUCAUUGUUAUUGUCAUUUUAUACUUGUUAUUGGCAAUAAAAAAAUAUUUCUCAUUA